CUGUCUCUUUAAGAAAGUAGGCAGCCUGCUGUGGAAGCGCUGGUCAGGAACUGGCCAGGAACAGAAGCUUUGGGAAGAAGGAUUCCCAAAAAACUUUCCCUCAAAGUCUUUAACCUCACUAGUCCACGUGUUUUCCAGUUUUCCGAUGUUAAAACUACGUAUAAACAAGUGACGGUUGGCGAUGAAGUGGACAUUACCGAGGGGCCUGGAGAAAAGAAACAUGAGAGUGGGGGAAAACUUGUGGAAUGAUGCCUGAGCGACUGCAUGCCUCCCUACAAAGUUCAGCUAAGGCUUUCAGCGAUCCAUUUUACUAUUUUGCUGUUUUAUCCACCACAACACAUCACCUAAAACUAAAGGGAAGAAGCCUGCAAUGAAGGUGACGGUGACAUUUGGCCAGACGGGUGUGGUGGUGCCUUGUAAAGAGGGAUGGACUGUGAGGGACCUUAUCCAACAAGCCACCCAGAGAUACAGAAAACUGCUGGAACAGGAAGGGGAAUUCGUGGUUCGGACACACCACCUUGAAUACUGUGAUGGAGGGAUUCUGGACCCUGAUGACGUACUUAGUGAUCUCGUGGAGGACAAGGACAAGCUAAUGGCUGUAUAUGAGGAACAGGAAGCCCAGGAGAGAGAUGCAGCCAACACAAGCCCCGCUUCCAGCCAUGAUCGCUACCAGGCCGAGCUGUCGGUCUUCCAGCCAAUUACAGGAGGAGAAAUAGAAGUAAAUUCAUCAGCACUCAAGUCAAACACCCCCUUGCUGGUGAGAAGCAGCAGUGAUUCAGCUCUGGGCGCUCAGUCAGCAGAGCGUGAACCCCUCCGCACUGAAGAUACCUCUGUGAUGGCAGCAUGUCCCGUUGCCAGACCCCAAGUCCAAUAUGCUGUCAAUGACAGCCUGACCAGGACAGUGGAGAUCAUAGGAGGUGAUAGUCCUUUGGGAAUCCAUGUUGUCCCUUACUGCUCAUCUCUUAGUGGACGGUCUCUUGGUUUGUAUAUCCGUGGGGUGGAAGAAGAAAGUCGCUCAUAUAAGGAGGGCUUGUUCCAGGAGGAGGAGUGCAUCGUCAAGAUCAACAACACAAAUCUCAUGGACAAGACUUUUAGCCAAGCCCAAGAAAUCUUUCGGCAGGCUAUGCACUCCCCCGUGGUGUCUUUGGAAGUACUCCCCUCAUCCAGCCGAGAACGCUUUGAGAAGGGUUUGAUAGGUCAGCUGUUUAGCAACAAUGGUGCGCCUGACAGCAGUCCCCGAAUUCCCAAAACCAAAGAAGCACCGCCGCCUGUCAAAGCCAAACCUGUGUUUAAGCCUCCUGAGAGCGCAGUUGUAAGAGUGGCAGAGGACUCUGGCUCUCUAGAAACUGCUAGAACAAAAGGGGGGAGUGAGAGCUCACUUUCUGAAAAAAGCCCUGCCCUGUCCAGCUUAAUGGCCAAUAAGAAAUGUGGACGCAGAUUGAGAAUUGACCUUAAGAAAGGUUCAGAAGGUCUUGGAUUUACAGUGGUAACCAGAGAUUCUUCAGUCCACAGUCCUGGUCCAAUCCUUGUCAAAAACAUUCUGCCACGUGGAGCGGCUGUCAAAGACGGACGCUUGCAAUCAGGAGACCGCAUAUUAGAGGUCAACGGCGUGGACAUUACAGGUGUCGGUCAAGAAGAACUUGUGUGCAUGCUGCGCAGUACGCGCCACGGAGAGAGUGUGUGUCUUGUGGUUCUACGGCAGGAGGACAUUUUUCUGCCCCGAGAGAUGAAAGACGAGGGGCUCCCUGAGCAUGGCUUAAUUCUGGAGAAUGGAAAGGAGCAACUUAUGUUUGAGGUGCCCCUCAAUGACUCUGGCUCGGCAGGGCUGGGUGUUAGCCUUAAAGGAAACAAGUCAAGAGAGACUGGUGAGGACCUGGGAAUUUUCAUCAAAUCCAUUAUACAUGGAGGAGCUGCUUACAAGGAUGGACGUUUGCACAUCAAUGACCAGCUUGUCGCCGUGAAUGGAGAAUCACUGCUUGGCCGCUCCAAUCAUGUGGCCAUGGAGACACUCCGCAGCUCCAUGUCACAUGAGGGAAAUGUAAGAGGGACCAUCCAGCUUGUGGUUAUGAGAGUUGUGAAGGAUCAGCACAGUCUGUCGUCAAAUCGCUCAUUUGACAACUCUCCGAUCUUGUCUGGUUUGAUGAACCAAGUGAAUGGCCCCACAGGAUCAGUUUAUCAGAGUAACAAUCACAUUAACAGCACACUCCACACGUCUGAUGGGUCAUAUGCAAGUUAUGCUCCCAUGGAUGAAGAAGCAGAACAGAAUGGUCGUGGAACAGAAUUGAGAAACUCUGAUCAUCAGUAUUCCUACCUACAGGAAAGGGAAGCAUCUCCGUCCCAGUAUGACAUCCAGCUUCAAUCCCAGCAUGUCAAGGCCUCCAAGAGCAUAGACUUGGGCUCCACACCCAACCAGCUGUACACUGAUAAAAGUCAUGGUGGAUCUCCUGAUGAAAACACUGCAGCUACACCAACUCCUGCCGGACUUGGCCCCACUCUCGGUUUGAAAAAAUCCUGUUCUCUGGAAAGUCUGCAAACAGCUAUGUCUGAGGUCAACAGAAAGAAUGAACUACUCCCUUUUCACCGCCCUCGUCCAAACAUGACCAGAGGAAGAGGUUGCAACGAGAGUUUUAGGGCAGCUAUCGAUAAGUCCUACGAUGGGCCACCUGUAGAUGUUGACGAUGCAUCGGAGCCGAGCUCUGGACGGGAAACGCCAGCAAGUAGCUCUUCACGCCAAGGGUUAGGCGAUCCGGGGGAGGAGAAAACAAAAGCAGAGAAGAAAAAGAAAAUGAAAACAAAAAAAGAAAAAAACAAAGGAAAAGCAAAGGAAAAAGUGAAGAAAAAAGCAGAGGAGUCUGAGGAGACGGAAAAGAAGUCAAAGAAAAUUGGCUUUGGCCUGCUGAGAUUUGGAAAGAAAAAAGAGGACAAGAAGGAGGCCAAGACUGUUUUGCAGCGCCAGAAAUCAGACACUCUUGUUGACCUGGAAUUUGAAAGGAUGAAAGAAGAUCGUGAGAGACUUGAGGCAGGACAUCCAGAACUGCACAAUCACCUCUCCAAAGACCAAAAAGAUCAAUUUGGCAGAUCCAUAUACGAAAAUGUGGAGGACGAUGAAACGGAUCCUCACUAUGCCCGAAUACAAUCCUUUAAGGACCGUGAUAUGAUUUCACCACCUCCGCCACUGCUUCAGUCUUCCCCGCAUAAUACAGUCCAGCAUAGCCAUAUCAGGACACCGUCUCCCCAGGCCGCAGUAACCUUUUCUGGGCAAGCCAAUCGGAGUUAUGACCCGGGAGCUGUACCUGAAGACCAGUUUGAUAGGCUGUAUGCAAAGGUCAAUAAACCCAAAGGAGCUGGGACGACCUCCGCUCCGGUAUCUGCUUCAUCCAAUGACAGCAAUAUGGACCGCAUCCAGCAGCUGAGAAAAGAAUAUCAACUGGCAAAAAGAGAGGGAAUGGUGCCCACAUAUGAAGAACUGGAACCUCGACGACUAGGGCAUGAAAAGGACAGGGUGGAAUCAGCAACAUUCGUCACCAGCAUGACCCCACUGAUUCCAAGCAGAGGGAAAGAUCAUCGAAUGGCACCACAAUACGAUGAUGUGGAGCGUCAGUAUGCCUCCUUACCAAGACGAGGUCCAUUGGAUCCAGCUGAGUACACCAUGCAUCCCUGGUCAGGUCAUUACAUUGGCGCUCCCCAAGGUUACCACAAGGCCCCAUCCUACCUUAACCCCAGCUCCCAGUCCCCUCCAUCUUUCUCCAGCUACCCCUCCAGUCAGCCUUACUCACGGCCGUCGGACCCUCGGGGAGUUGACUCUGGUUUUUACCCUCAGCCAAGCUCCCAGCAGAGAGGACCCUUGCGGCAGGAUGUGCCCCCAUCACCCACCCCGCCGCUUCGGGGACCGCGGUACGACACCAUGACCCGUAGAACUGCUGGCGGAGGAGGUUACAGGCACCUUGUGGAUCCCAAACCAGAGCAGUUCAGCUACACUGGGGAGAGUGGACGCCAGCAACAUCAACACCAAACCAACCCAAGGCAGAAGAAUGCCAUGACAGCAGCUGUGUAGAUUCAGAAAAUCCCCAAAUCUGAUCAGUCUUUUUAAUACAAUGCUACAUUCAGUUCUCCAAUAAGAAAUGGAAAUCAAAGCUUGUCAUGGUGGAAAUCCGAUCCCUGUCAAUAUCAAACGCAAUCUGCUGUUUGAAGUAAACCCAAAAGCCAAACAAUGAAGGUUAAUUGCAGAACAUAUCUCACAAUAUCAUGUUGUUUCAAGUCAUGUUAAUUGCCUCGCUGAAGAAACUACACAAGCCGUCUGUUACUUUCAAACCAUGUCUAGUCUCACAGGAGGGAAAUAUCAGUCAAUCUGCUGACUUUGGUCACAAAUGAACCCCAUUACUGCUUCCUCACGCUCCAUCACCAGGAUCAGGAUUUAAUUGGGUCAGCUUUACGACCGAAUACUGUCACACCUAACAGCGUUACGAUUGGUAUUUUCACAUUUAAUGGAUGCAUUCGCAUAACAAAGUCUGAAACUUUCUGCACUUAACAAUUGCAUUUUGAAAUGAUAUGUAGUUUAACCACUUCUUUCAAUGUGAAUAUGAAAAAGUUUUUUUAACUUGAAUUAUCUACCUGAAUGUACGAAAACCUUUAGUCACGUAACAUGAAUCCACACGCUUUAACUGUUGUAAACAGGCCAAACCCACUGUUGUUUUCAAAGCAACAACAAAAUGAGAUUAAUACUAAAAUUAGUUGUUUUACAGCUAAUCUAAUGUACAUGCACACCAAAGUAAGAUUGCAGCAUCAUUUUUAAACUCUUACCUGAAUGUGGUAGUUGAAAAACUUUUUGUCAUAUCAGUCCAGAUACUCCAAGCACAUCUCUUUACCUGGUGAUGUGUUCAAGUGCACGAAUGAACUGAGCUGGAAAGUGCACUUAGUGUCCUCACAGCGUUUAACCACUUGCUGAAAAGUCACUUUACUCAACUAAGCGUUUUAACCUGUGGUCACAUCUAUGUUUCCUAGUUUAGCAGUAUUAAUGUAUAAAAAAAAGACCUUUUUAUGAUUAAACUUCACUGAAGCAUUUCAUUUUCGCAGCAAUUUCCUUGUCAAAAUUAGCCACACAGAGGGUACGAAUACAUCAGAGGGCAUUAAAAAAAAUAAUGAUUUAGUUUGGAAUGAAACACAGAAAUGUCACAUGGUUGUGGGAGGAAUAAACUGUUAGUGUCAAGGUUAAAUACUAUAUAGUUCUUUUCACGACAAGUAUUACUGUUAAAGGUAUGUCAGAAAAGUUCCAGGACUGGUUCGCAAUGCAUUGUUGCAAUAUAGACACCAGAAUUACAUGUCGGCUGUCAUAUUUUUAUUUUGUUUUUAUGAAUAUUUUAUCCAAUAUAUUAGUCCUUCUAAAAAAAUAAGCACAUUGUGAUAAAGUUCAUUAUUUUCUGUAAUGUACUGAUAAACAUUAGACUUUCAUAUAUUCUAGAUUCAUUACACACAACUGAAGUAGUUCAAGCCUUUUAUUGUUUUAAUAUUGAUAAUUUGGCAAAAAAGUCAAGAAAACGAAAGUUCCCCAUCUCGAAAAAUUUGCACAUCUCAUCCGACCAAUACAAAAAAGUGUUUUUUAUACAAAAAAAGUCAAACUUCAAUUAAUUAUAUCAGCAAUGCACUCAAUACUUGGUCGGGUAUCCAUUUGCAGAAAUGACUGCUUCAGUGCGGUGUGGCAUGUAGGCAAUCAGCCUGUGGACUGCUGAGGUGUUAUGGAGGCCCAGGAUGCUUCAAUAGCGGCCUCAAGCUCAUCCACUGUGUUGGGUCUGGUGUCUCUCAAUUUCCUCUUUACAAUAUCCCACAGAUUCUCUAUGGGGUUCAGGUCAGGAGAGUUGGCAGGCCAAUUGAGCACAGUAAUGCUAUUGUCAGUAAAUCAUUUACCAGUGGAUUUGGCACUGUGAGCAGGUGCCAGGUCGUGCUGAAAAAUGAAAUCUUCACCUCCAUAAAGCUUUUCAGCACAUGGAAGCAUGAAGUGCUCCAAAAUCUCCGGAUAGCUAGCUGCAUUGACCCUGUCCUUGAUAAAACACAGUAGACCAACACCAGCAGCUGACAUGGCACCCCAGACCAUCACUGACUGUGGGUACUUGAAACUGGACUUCAGGCAUUUUGGCAUUUCCUUCUCCCCAGUCUUCCUCCAAACUCUGGCACCUUGAUUUCCAAAUGACAUGCAACAUUUGCUUUCAUCUGAAAAAAGUACUUUGGAUCACUGAGCAACAGUCCAGUGCUGCUUCUCUGUAGCCCAGGUCAGGCGCUUUUGCCGCUGUUUCAGGUUCAAAAGUGGCUUGACCUGAGGAAUGCGGCACCUGUAGUCCAUUUCCAGCACACACCUGAGCACGGUGGCUCUGGAUGUUUCUACUCCAGACUCAGUCCACUGUUUCUGCAGGUCCCCCAAGGUCUGGAAUCGGCCCUUCUCCACAAUCUUUCUCAGGGUGCGGUCACCUCUUCUGGUUGUGCAGCGUUUCCUGCCACCCUUUUUCCUUCCCACAGAGGUGCCUUGAUAUAGCACUCUGGGAACAGCCUAUUCGCUCAGAAAUUUCUUUCUGUGUCUUAGCCUCAUGCUUGAGGGUGUCACUGAUGGCCUUCUGGACAGCAGUCAGGUCGGCAGUCUUGCUCAUGAUUGUGGUUUUGAGUAAUGAACCAGGCUGGGAGUUUUUAAAAGCCUCAGGAAUCUUUCGCAGGGGUUUUGAGUUAAUUCGUCGAUUCAGAUGAUUAGGUUAGUAGCUUCUUUAGAGUACCUUUUCAUGAUAUGCUAAUUUUUUGAGAUAGGGAUUUUUGUUUUUUCUUGACUUUUUUGCCAAAAUCAUCAAUAUUAAAACAAUA